CAUCCGCUGCAACGUACACAUUGUGACCAAAGGAUCGCCUCACCAACGGGGGGGAAAUCACGUUGCUUGCCGACUUGAUUCAUAAAUUAAACAGGUAUUUUACAAAUUUCUCUACCUUUCCCCACGUAUAAUUUAAAUAAAAAACCCGUCGCGGAUUAGCGAUCGAUUAAUGAUUGAAGUGAUGGCAAAUAACGAGCUAACUGCCAAGGACCAGAACAGUGGCCGAGGUAUUAGCUGUAUCCACAUACGCCGUAGGCUUCUCUCGCGUUCAUAUGGACAGGGAAUAUUCAGGGAUCGCGAGGAACAGAGGAUGAUCUGCAGAGGCCCGUGAUUGGACGACGUUCAUGAAGAGAGUCGCGAGAGAGAGGAGAGAGAGAGAGUAGGGGAGGGAGGAAUUUGGGAGGGAAUGGAUUUCUCGACGGACAAUCUGACCGGCGUCGUCUUGGCGCUCCUCUCGAGCGGGUUCAUCGGCGGCAGCUUCAUCAUCAAGAAGAAGGGCCUCCGGCGAGCCGCCGCCGUUUCCGGGGUGAGAGCUGGUGUCGGUGGGUAUGCGUAUCUGUUGGAGCCUCUAUGGUGGGUGGGCAUGAUCACGAUGAUUGUUGGAGAGGUUGCGAAUUUCAUAGCUUACGCAUUCGCCCCGGCGGUGCUCGUCACUCCUCUCGGUGCUUUAAGUAUAAUAGUCAGUGCCGUGCUGGCGCACUUCAUCUUGAAGGAGAAACUACACAAGCUGGGGAUGUUGGGCUGUGUGAUGUGCAUUGUCGGUUCUGUCAUAAUUGUAAUCCACGCACCGCAAGAAAGUCCCAUCACUUCCGUUCAAGAAAUAUGGAUUAUGGCGACUCAACCAGCGUUUCUGCUCUACGUUGGCUCGGUAAUCAUGCUGGUGUUCAUCCUGGUUUUCCAUUUUUCACCUAGAUGUGGGCACACGGAUGUGCUAGUUUACACUGGCAUCUGCUCAUUAAUGGGCUCUCUCUCGGUGAUGAGUGUGAAAGCCCUUGGGACUUCUUUGAAGUUGACUUUUGAGGGGAAGAAUCAGUUGAUCUAUCCAGAGACUUGGUUCUUUAUGUUGGUGGUGGCUACAUGUGUAGUUACCCAAAUGAAUUAUCUCAAUAAGGCGCUGGACACAUUCAACACUGCAAUUGUGUCACCCAUUUACUAUGUUAUGUUCACGACCCUUACAAUCCUUGCCAGUGUCAUAAUGUUUAAGGAUUGGGAUGGUCAGAGUGGUGGAGACAUUAUUUCAGAUAUAUGUGGUUUCAUUGUCGUGCUCUCCGGGACCAUACUGUUGCACACAACCAAGGAUUUUGAAAGGAGUUCGUCCUUCAGAGGUAAUUUUGUGCCCGUGUCGUCUACGCUAUCUACCCGGCUCUGCAGUGGAAAUGGCGAUUCCAAAUUUGACGAGGAAGUGCCCCCACCACCCGAGGAAGUUUGCAUGAGAAGACAAUAGUGGUACCUUUAGAUGGUUUUCAGGAAGAAAUAAUGCUCACUUCACUUCAAACUUACAAACUAAGCGGGAAGUAGGAUGUACGGAACACCUGUGAUGAUUCCUGCUGCAAUUGCAUCCGAAUUCCAAAAAAAAAAUGCCAAACCACCAUGUGGGUGCCUCUCAGUUCUAGGGUUUCAAUUAGCUUUAUUUACCUUCAAAUACGCCGGUCGGCAGUUAUUCGUACCCCCAGCAAUGUGGCCACAUCAUUCAGAGGCUUGUACAGUCAGCAAGUGAAGUGAAGGAAGCAACAUAUCGAUUACAGUUCGGAUCCGUUUCAAGUUACAUGGUCAUUCAUCACGCGAGCUCGAGCAGAGCACGGAGCUGUCUCCAGCUCCGAGCAAAUGGCGGCCGCUGUUGGGCGAUCCUUUUCUCGGUCGCCCCCAUAUUGGAAAAACAAUCACUAUGUUGAAUGCCUGCAGAUAAUUCUUUUUCCUCCCUCAGCAGACAAAGGGUGUUUUCUUUUUUGUAGAUGGAUUGAGAUUGAUUCAUGUGAAUAAAGAGAGUUCUUUUGAAGCUU